UUAUCAAAGGCUGUCUAAUAAAUACCUAAAAUUGAGCCACGAGGGCAAUUCUGAGUUGUCACCUUACAGCAAAUUUGAAAUAUUUAAUCAAAUUAAAAAGAAUUGUGAGAGCGAAAGACCAGGAGCAAUCGAGGAAAUCAAGUAUGGCGAUCUCAUUAGGUUCGCCGAUUGCUGUCAACAUAUUGCCCGUAUGCUCUUUGAAUGGGAUACAGAGCUAUACAGCAGCCUUGAGCAGUACAUGAAAUGUAAGAUCAGAAGCAUUCACAUUGACUUUGAAGAGGUGUACAAACGCUUGGAGACAACCUCGUCGAGGGACAAGGAAACCUACUGGGACUCCCUCAGCCAUGCCAUCAGGGAAGCAGGUCCCACAAAAGUCGUAUUGCGUUAUGCACCCGAAUCAUACCACUGUGAUCACAUGGAAGCAUUUCGCACAGUCAUGGGUCAGCUCCAAAACAAGCUAAAUCUGAAAGAGUUGGACAUAUAUGGACCGGGCUACACCCUAGAGGGUCUGGAAAAGCUUAAAAGCCUCGAGACACUCCGUUUAAAUAUUCGUAUGGAUAUUGAUGACUUGGUCGAGAGCUGUAUCCAGAACAAAAACUUAAAGAAAUUGUCAUACAUGAAUAAUGAAACGGGAGGAAAGAGGCUGGCCACGAUUGUUCCGCAUUGCGGUGACUUGGAAGAACUCACCUUCAAAAUGAGAACCGAUUGCGAUGCAAGCGAGUACAAGCCUUUGGCCAAGAUUCCCAAACUGAACCACUUGAAGAUCGCGGGUGUGCACGAGAAGGGCACUCUGCAGCCCCUGCUGGAGGCAUGCGUUGCCAAGCGGCGCAAACUGCUCACCAGAUUGUCCGUAGACGAUGUCCCAUUGGAUAAAACGGAAACACAGGCAAUGGCCCAGAUUGAAACACUAACCAAAGUGAAGUGUGGAUUUGACGAUCACCAGAGCAUUGGGCUCUUGUCCCAACUGACCAAACUCGGCUACUUAGAGAUACUCUCCGAGCAUGAUUUUUUGGCCAUAUCUGAGCAGGUUCUGAGCAUUCUUAAGGACUCGAUUGCGGAAAAGAGGAUUGACAUAGUAGAUAUGAACACUGCCAUCUGCUACCUACCAAGUGAGGGAUAUCUUACUCUUAGCAUAGGCGGAGAUAAUGUCAAUGCCUCCAACUUUGGUGCACUUGCGACUCUGCCAGGUUUGUGUUCGCUUGAAAUAUACGGAACGCCUCAAGUUGGUUCACUUAAGCCGAUUCUCAAUGAAUUAGCAGCGGCAUUCCGGAAAGCACCCACAUUGACGUCUUUGACGUUGAGAGAGAUCACAGCCGCGGAAGUCGCCAUCGUGUCUCAAAUCGCAUCCCUAAAGAGUUUGAAGUGCGGAUUUGCCGAAAAAGAGCAGAGGCCCUUGCCUGAAGAAAUGAUUGGGGAUGUGCCAGUAUUUUCGGGACUCCUCUAGGCCAAAACAAUUCUCCAAAAGCUCCUAGGGCGGCUACCCACUCACCAAGAAGUUAAUGAGGAUGCGCCAUCCUCCUCAGGUUCCGUCCAGAGCCGCCUGAAGAUAUUAGAGUGCGGAUUGGCCAAAACACUCAAAGCUGAGCUCCAAGAGCAGAUACCCCUGCCCAAAGAAAUGACUGAGCCUGUGCCAUCAUCCUCAGGAUCCGCCCAGAAGAUAUUGAAAUCACAGAACGCUGAGCUGCUAGCGCAACUACCCUUGCUCGAAGAAAUGACUUUUAUAUCUGGGCCAUUAUCCCCAGUAAUCUCAAAGCGCUUCCUGACUGCUCUGGCCGCCAAGGAGUCGCAGGUACUACAAAAACUUCAUUUCUCAGGGAAGGAAGCAAAGAUCGACACCGUGGCAGCAAAGGAACUGGCCCGCCUAAGGUCUUUGCGUACUCUGAAAUGUCAGUUCGCUGAUCCUCUGGACAUACAGCUGCUGUCUCACCUAACCGAGCUC